AUGAGUCCAGAAUUCUCCACACUGCUGAUCUUGAUUUUUUUGGAGAAAGCAGGAUCUUCAGUGAGACCCGUGGUGACUUUCAACCCAAACUGGGACAAGAUCUUCACAACUGAGUCUCUAACAAUGACCUGUAAUGUGAGGUCACCUAUUCCAGGAAAUAUGAUCUACUCCUGGUACAAGGAUAAUAAUCUGAUACACACCACAGGACAAAGCAUUGUUAUUAGAGACGCAAGAACAGGUAACAGUGGGAAUUACCGAUGUAAAGGCUCCAAAACGGAAAUAAGUGACCCUGCCAGACUGGAUGUCAGUAAUGACUAUGUGAUCCUGCAGGCUCCUCUCCAUGUUCAUGAAGGUGACGAUGUGACUCUGAGAUGUCACCAUUAUCCCGAAUAUGAUGAAGGACAGACUAUAUUUUACAAGGAUAAUGUUGUUAUAAGGAUUUGGAGAUAUGACCCUGAGUUACAUAUUAAUAACAUAAACCUAGCAGGAUCCAAAGGAUAUAAAUGUACAAAAAAAAUCCCGUAUUCUGGGUACAGUGGAGAAGCUUCUAUACCUAUGAAAGAACUCUUCACAACUCCAGAAAUAAAGGUGACCCCAUUUCCGGUAAUGGAAGGAGAUAAUGUGACGGUGACAUGUCACACGAAUGUGUCUCAAUACAGACCAGAGACACAACUGCAGUUUGCUUUCCACAAAGCUGAACAGAAUGUUCAGAGAUUUGGAUCCUCUGACCAAUAUGGAUUCCAGUCCGCUAAACUGGAGGAUUCUGGGAAAUAUCACUGUGAAGUUUCUGGCAGAAUGAUAGUGAAGAGGAGUAAAGAGCUUAACAUUGAAAUAAAUGAGCCCUUCACUCAACCAGAAAUGAUAAUGACCCCAAAUCAGACGACAGAAGGAGACAAUAUGACCCUGACCUGUCACACAAUACGCAGCAAACUCAUUCCUGAUACAGGUCUGGAAUUUGCUUUUUACAGAGAUAGACAAAAUGUUCAGGAAUUCAGUUUAUCUAACCAAUAUGAAGUCCGGUCCGCUGAGACAAAGCAUUCUGGGAAUUAUUCCUGUAAAGUGAGGUCUUCAACAAACAAAUUAACAAGGAGCAGUGACGAGUUAUACAUCCAGAUACAAGAUACCGUAUUUAUCGGCGUAUAA